CUUUUCUUCCACUUUCUCAAGGAAACUUUAAAACUCUUGUGCACGAUAUCUGACAAGUUUUCCGGCACAGGCUCAGACAUCAGGACAAUCAUGAAUAAACAUCUCAAACACCCAAAUCCACUGUCAACAUGUCGUGAAUUAAGACCAAUACAGAGGUUCGAAAAGGCCAAGAUCGAGAAAUCAAUCCCUGUUUCUUCGCAUUCCCAUUCGGAAACUUCUCACUCGCACAAGCGAGAUGCCAUAAACAUCAGCGCUAGCUUACAAGUCAGAUCAGCAAAGCUACACAUGUACGUAACGACACAUGCCUAAAGAUAUCUCAAAUCAAGGCGGAAUUAAGUAUAAGUAUAUUUCUCUCAGACUAUUUUCACUUUCUUGAUUUCAUGAUCUCAUCAUUCACCUUCAAACCCUAAGAGCCAACCGUUCCUCCCGGGGUCUCCUCACAGUCUCCUCACAAUGCCGCCAUUCACCGUCCUCCCGGGCACACCCUCCGACCUGGACGAGAUGGUCACCAUAUGGGUUCAAGCCAUGGAUGCAGAUCCAUUCUGGAAGACAUGGAUGGGAUCUAUGACUGAAUCUCAGAUCUUCGAGUGGACGAGGGAGAAUCUGAGGUAUAGGAUUGUGACGGGUGUUGAGUUGGGUGUGAUGCAGACUUGGAAGGUAGUUGAUGAGGAGAGUGGAAAAAUAGCUGCUUGGACUGGGCUGUCGUUUCCCUGGCCAGAGAGCCUGACGGAUGAGGAACGGGCUUCUUUGACUUCAGCUUGGUCACCACCUGAGGGAGGCAAUUGGCCAAUCCGAAACUGGUAUAUUGAAAAUGUUGGUCCCAUGGUCAAAGCCGCAGGCUACGAUCAGUCCAAACACUUCCUCCGACAAGGCAGCAUGGUCCUCCCAUCUUACCAACGCCGUGGGCUAAUGACGCUGCUCACCCAAAAAUGCAACUCCAUCUCCGACGCCCACGGCGCACCAACCUACGUGAACGCCCGACCUGGUGCAGCGAAAAUGCUGUACAAUCUGGGCUUUGAAGUUUGUUCGGUUAGGGAUGCGGAGCUGGGCGAGUUUGAUGAGAAGUUGAGAGGGAAGGGGGAGUUGGAGAAUGGGGAGACGAGGUUUUGCGCGAUGAGGAGGGAGGUGAGUGCGAGGGGGGAGAGGAGGGUGUUGAAGUGAGCGGUGUGAGGUGUAAGGUGUGAGCUGUGAGGUGUGAGGUGUGAGGUGUGAGGUGCGAGGGGCGAGGGGGAUAAAUUUCAGAGACGGUCCAGGGGAUAAGAUGGGAAGGUUGGUGAAGAGAGGUUGAUGUAUGGAUUUGUUUCUAUACUUAUACAGUAUGAAAUUGCCAUGUCCUUUUCCUUCGUCUAUGCUUUAGAUUAUGCUCGCUUUCAGAUAAAUAGAA